AUGGGAUCGAAGUCAUCGCGCUCAUUUUUCUCAAAAUCUAGAUCAUCAAAAACCUCGACGAAAGCUAGUUUAACGAGAACUGAUAGCGAGAUCAUGCCUGAUUUAGAUGGAAUCCCAAGACCACCUAACAAUGCGCUAGAAUUCAAAUAUAUCGGAGGUAGAAGAUUUUACGAUGAAAAAGUUUCGUCAUAUGUGUUGCCUACAGAUAUUGAUGAAGUAGAUCGGAUACAACAACAACACUUUGCUCUUAAACACAUAUGUCAUGGUAAUCAUAUAGCGCCAAUUGAUAAACUAAUAAGGCCAGGAAGCAAGAUUUUGGACGUUGGUUGUGGACCUGGUCAAUGGUCGCUUGAAGUUGCGCAAGAAUUUCCAGAAGCACAAGUCUACGGUAUUGACAUUAACUCGAAUUUCCCAAGUGAAAUCAAACCAAUCAAUUGCGAAUUUGUCCUUGGCGAUGUUGAAAAUCCUUUACCCUGGGAAGAUAAUUAUUUCGACUAUGUAUUUAUGCGGUACAUGUUUGGGGCUAUCAAAGUUAAAAGUUGGCCGCCUUUACUGCAAGAGAUUAACCGCGUUUUAAAGCCUGGAGGAAUUAUUGAGAAUCAUGAAGUAGAUGGAAUCGCACGUAAUGCUGGACCAAAGUUACUACACAUAAUGCAUAAUGUACGAAAUGAAAUGAGUGAACGAGAUUUAGACAUAAGCCUUGCAACUCGUUUACCCGACUUAAUAUUCGAAUCCGGAUUCAAAAAUGUACAUAAUACCUGCGUCUCAGUAGCAACGGGAAGAUGGGGAAAUAAAAUCGGUGAAAUUUGGGCCGCAAAUAUAUUAGAGUUAUAUCAGAGCAUGCGCCCUUGGCUGGCUGCUAAAGCCGGAUAUACCGAUCAAGAAUUCGACACAGUUAUGGAUUUUAUAUGUAAUAAGGAGAUUGAAAAGCAUCAAACUUAUUAUAACCAUCAUGUUGUUUGGGCUCAAAAGUAA